AGAUUUCGUCUUGGAUUGAUCUUAUGUGAUAAUAUUCCUGGCACCGUAACUGUUAUUAAGAUUAAUGGCACAAAUGAAAUUCUUGGUGGAUAUAAUCCAUUAGUCUGGACGUCUAACAAUUCGUUUGAAUGGUUUACAACAAUAGAUAGUUUUAUUUUUUCAUUAAAAACCCAAAAUUUAUCUAAUUCCAUCCUUAGUAGAAUUAUCCAUGCAAAUCAAGUAAUUGGAUGUAAUCGCAUUUAUGGUCCAGUUUUCGGUGGUGCUUUCUAUACAGCAAAUGAUGAUAAGAUAUGGUGUUACGGUUAUAAGAAUAAAUAUUAUAAAAAACGACUUAGAUCUGAUUGUUCUAAUCUUUUAAUUGAUGAAUUUGAAGGCUCAAUCAAAGUGUGCAUUUAUAGAGAUAAUUUUAAUGGCACU